AUGGCUUACAAGUUCGUCGUCCUCGCCGCCCUCGUGGCCGUGGCCCGCGCCGGCUACCUGGGCGCCCCCGCCGUCUACGCCCCCGGCGCUCCGCUGGCCGCCCGCGGCUACGCUGCCCCCGUGGCGUACGCCGCCCCCGCGCUCCGCGCCGCCCCAGUGGCUGUCGCUGCCCCCGCCGUGAGGGCCGCCCCCGUCGCCGUCGCCGCCGCCCCCGCCGCCGUCGCUGCCGAGUACGACCCGCACCCCGAGUACAGCUACGCAUACAACGUGCAGGACGCCCUCACUGGUGACUCCAAGACCCAGCACGAGAGCCGCAGCGGAGACGUCGUCCAGGGCAGCUACAGCCUGGUCGAACCCGACGGCUCCAUCCGCACCGUCGACUACACCGCCGACCCCGUCAACGGCUUCAACGCCGUCGUGCACAGGGAGGCCGGCGCCCACCCCGCCCCCGUCGUCGCCGCCGCCCCCGCCAUCGCUGCCGCCCCUGCUCUGGCUUACGGCAAGGCCUACCACGGCUAAACUCCAACUCUUCUCAUUUCUCCCAC